UUUCGGGAUCAAGAAAUCGGGCACUCCCACAGAUCCACCAGCAGAAGACUAGCCUGUCUGUCCGGGCAUUCACAGUUUCUAGAUACAGAUUUAUAGCAUCAAUACAGCAGAGAAGUGUGAGUCCCGCAGAAUUACUCAUACGACAUCCCAUUGUAGCCCGAUGCACAAUCCCUAGGGACGCCUUCAAGAUGACGCCCUUCUCUGUCUCCAGGAUGUCGAUGAGAGAGCACCCCGACGAGGCCAUUACUCGAGCCAAUGUAGAGCUUUACAAAGCAAGCCUAUGUAUUCAAAAUUGUCGUACAUCAAUUCUCCAGUUGCACACCAUCCGAAAAGAAGAGAAAAGAUGUAGAAUGCAAGUAACCACAAGCAUUGAGGGGAGCCAGUACCAUCAGUGAUUCAUCCUCAUAACACACCAGAAUCUUAAUUUAUAGAAUUGAUUCUCUAGCGAGUUCAUCUCCGAAAGCCUGCUAAAUACAUAUAGUAAAUCGAUUGCGCGUUCCGUCUAACCUGCACGUUAUGAUGGGGUUGGAAGAUAGUGACGCAGUGUACUGGCGGCUGGUGUGCGACAAAGCGGCACUGGCGCUACUGAUCGUCGUAUGCGGGAUGAAAAGUAAG